CUUUUAAUCCAUUGGAUUAACUUAUUGGGAGUCUCAGGUGUUGAGUAACCUGCUAAAGCUGUUUAUCGGUAACAGCCACAUGUGACCUGCGAACUUUGAAAGUUUUAGAAGAGAAAAGGGAUAAUUGUUCAGUUCUAAAUAUCUGGUGUAAAGGCUUAAAAUUGUAGUAAAAUAUAUUUUGCGAAUAUUUAUGUAACAAAUGUUGCAGACGUUACCGUUGCUUGUUUCAACAAAAUUAGCUUGUUUCAGCUCUUCUUUGCAUAUCAACUAACGUGUGCCAGUAGGGUUAUUUACUUGCCCAGCCAGCACUUACUUCGGGCGCACUGUAGUCUCACCCGAUGGACAUUGUAAGUUCGUAGAAUUCCUCUCUGAGUUAUUGAAGAUCCAAUGCCUAAUUCUCACAGCUUUGCGGGUGUAAGUACGGUAUUAAAUGCUAUCUUAGAAAGUAACUUGCUCGACUAGAUCUCGAUUUACAGUCCUCAAUGCCCUGACCAACUGUAAAGUUCACUAAGGACCGAAAGAAACAAUGAAGCCUGCCGUUGGCUGUUUAUAAUUUUUGAUGGAAUUUUAGGCCAGGCAAUUGAUUUUCGACCUAUGGGUCACUGUUUCCAACCCGGCUCCGCCAAUCCUAGUUUCAACAGUCAGGUAGCAUCAUUGGCCCACACAGUAGGUACGAGUCAGUGCCUGCUGCGCGCAAAAGCAAUGAGUUGCCGAGCGGAUUUCAAUUUCUUAAUCUUUGCUUCCGCACCCACCCACUGCAUUUCAUAUGAAAUGGAGCUUGCGUUAUACCACAAAUGGUCUAGCUUUCUACUAAAAGGCAAGCAGUCGUAGGUGGUUGUACCUAGUGAUAUCAGUAUACAGGUGUGUAGCCAUACAAAGCAGUUAAGCGGCAACUUCGGAAUCCUAGUCGAAGGAACAGAUAACGAAAUAACAUACUAUGACUAUGCUCAAUUAACCAUCUGUUUCUCAUCAUCAUGAACGCCAAACAUAAAGAGACAAUAGUCUGAGAGUAAAACAGGCACUGGUAAUGUAUAAUUGCACAUUAAAUUGGUAAUUUUGAUAUACACUACUACAGUGUACCCAAGUUUCAAUUCAAUACCAGUAAAACGCACGGUCUUUCUGCUGAGAGGCUAGUCUAUAAUCUUACACAAAUUUCAAAAACUGAAGCUAGAUUUUGUUAUGCACUAUCCUAAAAACCAAAUCAUUCCCAAAUAUUUCUGAAUUCCUGUUCCAAUCCCAUCGGAUAAACUUACUAGAGCAAUAGAAUGUAUCGACGAACUGUAUCUAAGAGAGGAGAACGAAAAAACUGUCCAAAAAGCUGCACAGCAUUUAAAGUGAAGUCGAGCAACUAAAGUGUAGACUCAGUGACUCAACAAAAGAUAUGAUGAACUUCUGAUAGAGUCAAGAAAGCUGGGGUGGGCUUAUCUCGAGGACCCCAUCCAGACAUUCUUCACUUCCCUUCGCCGCUCAGAACAACAUUUGAGACUUCAUUAAUUAGUGCCAGUGUUGAAGUAAUGACCACAUCUCUGCUGUUAAACGUCUUUGUGAUUGGUAUUCACAGCAAGAACCAGAAAGGCUGUAGAAUUGAUGCAGCGUCUAUGUAACGACAUGCAACUCAGUUACCAUUCGCGCGUUCAUGAAACAGGCAGUGAGCCAUACUUUUUGGGUCCGAGCUAAUGAUACUCACUUGCUGCUCAGACCUCAGCAGGAGUAACGGUGUUCGAGUCCGUAACCAACUGUUUAAAAAUAUUGUGCCUGCAUCAAUGGGCUAUAGUUCCAAGCUUACCAUAAACGAAAUAACUGUAUUUUGAUCAAGCCAACAGUCUAACUUAUGCUUGGGACUCUGUUAUGGCCCAAACUACUUAAGCUAUGACUGACUGCUACUGGUUUUAUUGCUUGACCUAGAUUUCUUGGUUUGACAGGAUCACAACGGACAAGUGUUUCAGUUAUUUUAGUGCAGCGGAAUUACGAUGAUCCCAACUGGCAUCUGUGGCGGUGACCGACGAGAUAUCCAUCUAUCUAUCAAAGGACGAUUAUACUACACUGAAUUCCAUUCUGUCCUGUUACACACCUGUGAAAUAUGGUCGUUAAAAGUGGAAGACAUGAAGCGGUUACAAGGUUUUGAUCACAAAUGUCCUUGUAGCAUUGCUGGGGCAUGGUGGAAUCACCGUGUAAGCAAUGUUGAGGUCAGGUGUAGGGUACUAGGCAAGACAGGCAAGUCGAUUGAUGAAGUUGUGAACCUCAGUCGACUGAGAUGACUUGCUUGAACAUGUACUGCACAUUUCCAGCCUUCACCUACCUCGAUGUAUCAUGAUAAAGGAAGUUGGAUUAGGUUGGAGGAGAGCUCAGGGUAGCGAGAUCAAGACGUGGCAACAGUCGAUGCACUCUCUUACUGUUGGUCUGAUCUGUUUUGGGAGAUGUAGACUACCAUGUUGGAGUCCUCAAGACGAUAGAAAUCGGUGCUUGAGAAGUCUUGGUGACAUGGCUGAAAAUUGGUCACAAUGGCACAGAUGCAUUCACUCCUUGACAUGUCCUAAAACUUGAAUAUUUGCACUAUCCGUUAUCUAAAGAUUGUUUAUUCUCUCAUACAACUCUGUCUACUUUGAUAUCACUCCUUUCUAUCCAUCUGUUCUUUGUGUACUACUGUGAAAUGUGGCUACCUGGACUGAUACAUUCGCGUCAGGCUUUACGUUGAUUUUGUCCUAAUGUAUAACCUACCCACUAUCGCAGUUGUAACCUGCUCCACGUGCUUCAGUUCAUGUCGCUAAAUAUCAUGCUAUUUCAGAAUGAAGUUUACACCCUGAAAUAUUGUUCUUUUUACCUUUAUAUAUUUUUUAUUCUGAUGAGUCCUAGAGAGAUGAGUAUUUCAGGCACUUCCAUUUGUUUGUGCGGUUAAUAAGUGUAACUCCCACGUUAUGUCGCCCAACCAUUCACGCUCAACUGUUUAAGAACUUUUCUUUUUUUUUAUCAGUUUAGCGUAAGUGAUUUAGUGCAUUUAAUGCGUAUAUUGCGAGAUUAGUUAUGGAUGGUAGCAUAUCUAACUGUUUAAAAUUCUUGGUGCAUCUUUCUUCAUUCAUGAACUGUUUACUGCUUUGUUACUGGAAAAUAUUUUUAUAAACGUUUCUGGUUUAUUUGAUGACUUUUAACCAACAUUUUUUUCUAGGUUCCUGCUGCCUGCUUGUUUUUGUACGACAGUUUACUACGCGAAGCACUCAGCUGCUGAUCAUACCCUAAUGUCACUUGAUGUACUCUUGAAAUGUGAUUUUUCUGAGGUCGAUCUACCUUCCAGUUGGAUACGAAAAGCUGUGUUUUGCGUUCCUUGGAACAUGAGGAUUGUUACCAUCGGAUUGCAGGAUAAGAUGCUUAUUUUUGGGGGAUUAGCCAGGAACUGUGACAAUUUCAUUCUCCUCAGUGAACUGAAGUUCCAGAGCCGCAUCACAGCAAUUAAUUGUUUGCAGUUUCCUUCAAGUAAGAAUAACAACAGUAGUGAGUGGAAUGUGUUCGUCGUUGGUCUUGAGAAUGGUGAACUAAUAUUCCUAGAUGAAAAUAAUAAAAUUUUAUUGUGUAUCAAAGUUGGAUUCGAUUCUGUUAAGUCCAUGCAGUUGACUUCAUGUGGUGAAAACUUAUGUGUCUUAAAUAAGACAUCAAUUAUUUGCCUAGACGUAAACGAUCUUGAAGGUGUUCUGUUAAACAGCCGUAUUUACUUAUCGGAACAUUUCCCUGAGUUUGAUGAAAACAUUAACGUUGAGUACUCGAAAACCAUUCGUUAUCGAAAUAUGGUUGUUCCAACAGAUGGUGAGAAACAACACUUUUCGUGUUUGUCUAAACCCCAAAUGGGAAUCUUCGAUUCGCUCGUACGAAAGUUCGCUUUUGGAUCGCAUUUGAACGAUGGGAGAGUGUGUGUACAAUCACCAAGGCAAACUAGAUGGACAACAACUGGUUCUAAUCCUUUCAUCAGCUUCAGUUUCUCAAAUGAGAACACGGAUCCAGGAGUCUCUCAUUUUGCAUCUUUUGUCUAUCAAGAGGCUAAACGUGCCGUGUUUGGAUUCAAAAAAUCCUCUAGCAGUGAUCCAGAAUCCUUAGUUGUAACAUGGUCAAAACAGAAAGAUGACUUUACUACAUAUCCCGUUGUUGUGUGUAACUCUCUUUCAAAGACUUCUUUAACUUUAUCUCAUGGAUUGGCUGACAGCCGUCGUAGUGUGUUGUCUUCUAGUAUCGCCAUAUCCUUUGAUCAUCGUUGGUUGGCAGUUCCUGAUAACCUUGGAAGAGUGCUUCUUGUAGAUGCUCACAAGGAGCGUGUUGUACGCAUAUGGAAAGGUUAUAGAGAUGCUGAAGUUGCUUUUCUUGAAGUUUCUGAUCUGGAGACGCCUUCCAUUAGCUAUCAUAGCCAACCCAGCAAUGUAAUUAGAAAAACGCUCUGUCUACUCAUUCACGUCCCAAAUCUUCAUUUGUUGGAGCUUUGGUGUUUACUUCAUGGUCCUCGAAUUGUAUCAUGGGAUGUAGUGGAGCCAGUUCGUCUUAUUCAGACUACGUGUCACAGAUAUGUUUGUACAACCGAGUCAAACAAGUUGAAUUCUAAAUACUGCCAGAUGGUAUUAAUUGAUGCCUCUGGACGUGUUUAUUCUGUCGCUUUGAACCAUGGUCUGUGUUUAUCCGAUAAUAAUACGGAAGCAGCAAUGGAUUAUCAGGAAUAUAAAGUACUUCAAAGGAUCUUUGAAAUCUUGGAACAAUCGGAUAACUUAAAAUUAGAGGAAUUUUGCCAUGGAGUAACUAACCUUCUGGUUCAAUUUCGAACAGUGCAGUGGUUUGAGAGAGCACUUACUCAUUUACUAAGUUAUCCAAGCCUUAGUCCUCAUCUAAUUCUGGACGUUAUCAAGCUUUGUAUUCAGUUGAUAAGCAAAGAUGGUGAUAUAGAUAAGCAAGUCAACUCAAUGAAUCUAAAAAUAUGUACAAAUGUAAAAUAUUUAGUUGAAUUCUAUUUAAUCUUUUAUUAUCUUUAUGAUCAUCAUACUGAAACUGAUGAGAAAUAUGAAUUCACUAGGGAGUCGUUGAGUACAUGCGUAGAAUUUAUAGCGGAUCUGUUGAGUUGGGAUUCAGAGGAUGCAAAACACUGCUUACAAUUAUAUACAAUUUGUGCAUCAGUUCUAACGACUAGUAUCAAUUCUCUUAAAAAACCGAUUUCUAUACAAAUAUUCGUCAAUUCAUUUCAAUAUACAUCUGUUUCAAAUACUGAGAUGAAGUAUACAUCAUCUGCUUUAGUAGAGCAUUCAAAACAAUUUAAUUUGCCGAGAAUUCGUUCAGAUAGUACUUAUAAAACAUUAACAAAAAUAGGAUCUUUUGUCUUUACACCCUAUUUGAAUGGCCUACAAACAUUUGUUUCUCUACAAAUAAUCAUUGAAUCGUCUAAUUUAGACCCGAAACUACUCUUGCUAUCCUUCACCUUGUUUAUACUGAAUGAGGAUAACUAUAUGAAUUUACCUAUUUUAAUCGAUCGAAUACAUCGUAUAUUUUGUUAUUUGAUAUAUCGAAUUCUAGUCGGACUAUUAUCAUCUUCAUCAUCAUUAUUAUCAGAAAAAGUGGAGGAACAACAAGGAGUAGACAAAAAUUCUGAGAAUGAAACUAACAUUUAUAACUUUCUUGACAUUGAACAUAACAGAUCUAGUCAACCACAUUCAAAAUUUGAUUAUAUAUGCAAACAGGUGUAUAUGUAUUGUUUGGAUAGUUUUCAUUUAACAUCGGCUUAUUUAAUUGCAUUAAUAAUGCGUUGUAUACUCUUUCAAGUAUGGCAAGCAUUUGAAUCAGGAGAGAAUAUUUUGCAAAUUUUGUUUACAUGGAUACAACGUCCUGAUUUCAUGUUAAAUAAUUCUUCUGUGAAUAUGACUGCAGUUGACAAUGAUUUUACUAAUCAGUUAACUGAAUUUACUAAGCUAUCCAGUAAUAAUGAUGUUGGUCUAAAACUAUCAUCAGAAUUUCUUGCCUAUUUUACAUCGAAUUUACAACAUCUUGUUGAUAAAUGGCAUCAAACAUGUGCUCAAUUAGAGGACAUUUUGUCUGUCGGACUGAUACUAUCUCAUUCAUCGACCAUAAAGAAGGAAUCAAAAGAUUUUCGUCAGUGUCCAUUCAAUUUUAAUCUAAGAUGUGUGUUAGCUAAUGGUCGUUCCUACAUAACGGGUAUAUUCGCAUCGUGGAUUGUGAAAAACAAUAUAUUACCUGAACAAGUUCUUUGCUUCUAUCAAGAAAUAUGUGCUAAACCAUUGAUAACUGAUGAUUACAAUGGAAGAGAUUUGGCUGUUCGAGAUCCAGACCACAUAAGACAAGUAAUUUUCUCACUAGCCUAUAAACGAUUACCUUUCACACUAGAGUUGGAUACAGUAUUAUCAACUGUUUGUUGGAUUCAUUUUCAAAUUUGGCGAAAUAAACCUGAGAAAAUAAAUCAUUUAGUUUAUUGCAUUGAAUUUAUGAAACGAUUCACUUCAGCUGGUACAAUGAUUGUUCAAGGUUUAGGAACUAUGAUAUGGCACAAAGGUCUCAUUGAUUGGUUUAAUCCUAUUCUAGCUAUUGCAAGAGGUGGUGAUAAACUAUUUGAUAACAAUCGUGAUUGUUUUCCAAACAUAUUGGAUGUUUCAAUGUGCUUGAUUGAAUUUUUCAAAAUAUACUCAAAUGCCUGUCAACGUGCUGAGGUGGUACCAAUUUUUUCAGUAGAAGCUGAAUGGAGUCAUGUAGAUAUUUUUGACAAUAAAUCUUUACAAUUCAGUGUAAACAAUUACAAUGACAAAAAUUCGAUUGAUAUAGUUGCUGAUUUAGAUGCACAAUGUUCAACUGCUGAAGGUAUUAUGAAAGAAAUAUCUCCAAGAAUUUCCUAUCUCUUUGAUGAUAAACUAUUUGGAAAAUUUUCGGUACAAGAUGCAAUAAACCAACCUAUUCCUAAAUUGUCUUCAGUUAAUUCAUGGGAACAACUCGUUAUUGUUGCUUCGGCUUUAAUUGUUUUUGGUCGCCCUGAGAAACCUGAUAAACUUAAUCAAUACAAAUCACAUAAAAUAUUCUAUUCUCCUUCCGACUUUUUUCCUUCACAGGAUCUUUACGUGAUACUUUCACCUGAUGAUCCAAACUGGACCAGUGCGGCUAUUGUGGGAGAUGUUGAUGACCAUCUAGGGAUCAGACGGCGUUUUUUCCUAUCUUGGUUGAUUGAAAGAUGUGUUGCACGUCUUGCACUAUCACCUAACUCUAGUUUACAAGAGCACCCAACCCACUCAGCUAAUUACACACAUAAUCGAACUUUCCCAGCCGUGGAGGUUUAUCGUUUAUUUAGUUCUGCUGCUUUAACUUUGGCUAAUCAUUGGGGCUUCCCUAAAGACACAGUGAUUACACAGCAUGUAGUAUCGCUGUUCGAAGUAAAUCUAGACGAUCAGGCACAACUUUUUCUUUCAAAAGUUGAAGACCCUACAAAUUUGGCUGUCCGAUUGUUAUUUAUCAUUGGACGUCGUGUAGCUUAUCAAUGUUUUAGUCCGGGAUCCAGUUUAAAACAAAAAUUACGUCUACGUGUAUAUAUCCCAUUAACACUUGAAUCAUGGCUUCGUGGUUUAUUACCUAUGUCUAGUUCUGCCAAUGAUUUAGAAGUCUGUCAAGAUUCUCAAUUCAAUUCUGAGACAAUAGACUUGAAAACAUUAGUCUUUCUUAUCGAUUAUGUGAUACAACAUCUUCCUCAGCAUGCUAGUCAAUUGUCGAUAGCUGAAGAGCUAAGAGAUAUCAUUCAGGCUAUUGUACAAUUAGAUUCUAUAUAAUAUUUUUCAAAAAGACAUCGUAUUCUCCCCCCCCCCCCCCCAGCCUCCCUGUAAUAUACCCUAUAUAAUAUUAUACUUUUCAUAAUAUACAUAUUGUAGUUUUUGAAAACUUUUAGAAAACAAAAUAUAAGCUGAUAUCUUUUUACAAGUAUACCGAGUAAUGCAAUUGAAAUGAGUCCCAUGAAUAAUAAUUCAGCGAAGAAACUUUUCUUUUCGACAAAUCAUUUUCACAAAGAGUACAUUCGUAAUCAUAGUCAUAAUGAAAACAUUUAUCUAUCAAUGGCUAAAUGGGUCAUCAGAAAUUGUUUAUUGAAUAAAGUAAUUAUUUGUAUAGA